AUUGACAGGAGGAUGAAAGCAAUGAGGGGUAAGUUAGUGAGGAAAGACGAUGGUCAGCCAAGUGUUGCACCUCCUCAUCCGAUCCUCGAUCUCGCUCUCCUCCACCUCCUCCUCCUUCAAUCCAAACGGCUCACUGGUGGAUUCAACGUGGAGGACAUAUCGUGGAUGAGUGAAUUGAAGACUGGUGAGUACUAA